AUGUGCUCGUACCACAGUCUCAGAGAGGAGCGGCAGUCUGGAAGCGCUCUUGCCUCGCUACAACUGUCCGGCACGGUGCGUCGCAAGGAGCAGAAGCGGCGAGGUGGGCGGGACACGGCGGCGGGGGAGACGACGGCGGCGGCGGCGGGAAGGCCCGGCGGUGAAGCCCCACCAUCCUCCUCCUCCCGGCACAGCGCGGCCGGGGGGCGGGACAGCGGCUUCGGCAGCGACAGCGCCCGCAUCCGCAUCGUGCAGAUCGAGCAGCAGAGCGGCGCCAGCCACCACCGCCUGGCCCGGCCCUCGCACCAGUCCACCAUCACCAAGAACCUCAGCUUCAUCCCCUUUGACGUCUUCCUCACCGCCAGCAAGCUGUCCCUCAUGACCUACGCCUGCUCCGGCCUGGACCCCGCCCACGGCCUCGCCCAAAGCCCCGCCCCCUACCGGAGGAGGAACCCGACCGGAGAAAAGGGCACCCUGGCGGCCCUGACCGCCGAGGACCUGCUCAACAGCAACAGUCACCCCUCCCUGUCCCCGCGGCCCCCCACGCCAGCCGGCCUGCUGGCCCUGGACGGCCUGCCCAGGCCCAGCCGCUCCUCGGCCCGCCAGGCCCUGGGGGUGACGGUGGUGAGGCAGCCCGGCCGCAGGGGCCCCGGGGACCUGGUGCUGGAGCCCCUGCUCCACCUGCAGGUGGUGCAGCCCUCGGCCCUGAUCAGCUGCCACCACCGCAAGCAGAGGAUGGAGGUGUCCGUGUUUGACGUGGCGCUCCGCGGGGUCAACUCCCACUACAAGUGUCUUGACCCAGGUAAGAGUCUACCUGAGUCUCUAGACUACACCGUGACGUGGCUCCAGACGGCAGCGGGCGAGACAGACUGCAGGACCGGCAUCCCUCCUCCUCUGCUCUUCCUGCAGAUCAAAGACUUCCUCAACGGCCCAGCUGAGCUCAACCUGGAGCUCUCACGGCCCCUGAAGGUGAGCCCCACGCUGGCUAAGCUGGAGCAGGCCAAGGCCUACAUGACCAGGGUCCUGCCCAACUUCUGGGCUACCGAGGGCUCGGUCAAGGCCCCCUGUUCCUCCUCCUUGUCCUCCUCCUCCUCGCCUUCCCCUCUCUCGUCCCCCACCAAGAGCACCAGAGCGCCCUCCAGAACCCCCAGCACUGCCCGCUCCACCCCCCACCAACAGGCCUCCGCCGCGGGCACGGUGAGCAGCGUCCUCCGUGCCCCGGUGGUGCCCUUCCACAAGGUGUCCCUCCGGACUGGCCAGAUCGUGGUUGCCAUGGAGACGGAAUCCCACGCCAUGAAGCCCAGCGUGACGGUGUCGGUGUCGGCCAUGACGGCCAGUCUGAACAUGAAGCCUGGUUCCAGGAUGGAAGACCCCAUCCAGGCCGCCUCCCUGCUCCUGGAGCUCAAGGAUGCGUCGGUGCGGACCGGGCUGAAGGAGCGGAGCCGUCUGCUGCUGGGCCCCUUCUCCUGCAGCGCCGCCCUGAAGGCCAACUGGUGUCGGCACAGCGGCAGCCCCGGAGCCGAGCCGGGCCCCCCCAAGGUGCUGCUGGACCUGAAGGGAGGCCUGCUGCAGCUCUUCUGGGGUCAGGAGCAUCUGAACUGCCUGAAGCUGGUGGAGGAGCACCUGGGGGCCUACCUUCGCCUCCAGGGAUGGGGGGCGGCCGACGGCACCAGUGCCCCGGAGGGCUGGCCCCUUCCCAGCCUGCCCUCCUCGCCCUCCCACGGCAGCGACUCCCCGCGCACGGAGCACAGCUCGGACGACCUGCGCACGGGCCUGUUCCAGUACAUCCAGGACUCAGCCUCGCGGCGGUUGCCGGCGCCCUACGAGGUGAUGUUCCACGGGGAGACGGAGGACAGCCCUGCGGUGAUGCUCUGGCGUUACCCGGAGCCGCGCGUCCUGACCUACGUCCGCAUCACACCCGUCCCCUUCAACACCACCGAGGACCCCGACAUCAGCACCGCCGACCUCAGCGAGCUGCUGCAGGUGCCCUGCAGCCUGGAGUACUGGGAUGAGCUCCAGGAGGCCUUCAUCCCUUACCGGGAGUUCAGCUUAUCAGAGAGUAGCUCCUGUCAGUUGCAGCUGCCUAGCCUCAGCCUUCGACACCAGCAGAAGGAGCUGGUGGCCUCGGACCUCUGGAGGAUCGUGCUCAGCAACACUGGAGACCCUGGAGGAGACGAGCACAGUUCAGACAGUGAGUCUGGCUCCCAGCUGCCCUGUGACCAGCUGGUGUCUCCCAAGGCGCUGGCAGCCUGCACCCGUGUGGACUCGUGCUUCGCCCCCUGGUUCGUCCACUCCCUGGGAGUCUCCAUGGAACUGGCCCACAUGGAGGUGCACCUCUGCCACCACCUGGAGCAGCUGGGCACAGCUCCAUGCCGGCGCCUGCGGCCCUUCCUGCCGGACAGGAAGUUGCCCCAGGAGCAGGAGUUCAUGGUGGUGGGUGCCAGCGAGCCCCGGCUCUACCUGCGGCAGUGGAACAGCGGUGCCCGCCUCAGCCAGGAGUUCAGCUUCUCCACCCGCCUGGACUGCCGACUGCUCGAGUACCGCAACCUGACCUACCUCCAGAUCCUGCAGCCCUUCUCACUCCAGGGCCAGGCCUCGGUCACCCGUUCCCCCCAGAGCAGCGUCCUGGACGGCAGCAUGUUUGUGGAGCCCGUGUUGCUCACUGUCAGCCAGUACGGCAUCCACACCCUGGACACCGCCCUGCAGAGCUGGCAACAGAAUGGCCGGGUGGAGGCGGAGGAGCGCUCUACAGCCACUACGUGA